AUGAAGUGGAGAACGAUAAAAUGUUCCUUGGAACAUGAAAUCGCGAGUGAAGGCAUAUGCAUCAAUGGGGUUUUGUUUUACUUGGGUGAGACGUUCUCUCGGCAUAAUGAUGAUCACGUUUUAAAGUCUGAUUAUGUGAUAGUUUGCUUUGACAUUAGGUCUGAAAAAUUCACCUUUUUGGACACAGAAAGGUUUUGUAGAUUGAUAAACUAUAAGGGCAAAUUAGCGGUGAUUUAUUUCGAAGAUGAUGUCAACAUUCUUUCGUUUCUUUAUAGGAAGAGAUAUCAUGUCGAGGCUGAUGCCAUUAAUAAGUUGCAUGUGUGGGUUCUAGAGGAUGUUGAGAAACAGGAAUGGUCUAAAUAUGCUUAUACUUGGACCGACGAUAAAUUUUUCCGUCGUCGACACGUUAAGGUUGCUGGAGUGACUGCUUGGGGUGAAAUUGUUUUUUCGAUGGACAAGUAUACACCUAAAGAACCAUUUUAUGUUUUCUACUUCAAUCCCGAAAGGAACACUCUCCAACGUGUUGAAAUCCAAGGUUUUGGUGAAGCGUGUUGUAGCGUUUACACAUUCGUAGACCAUGUAGAAGAUCUUAAUGUUAACGAUUUAGAACUACUCAAGUCAGUCAAUGCUCCAUCCGUGAAGAGAGAAGAAUCAGAAUUUGAUUCAGAUUACACAGAAUCAGAAUCAGACUACUGA